CAACUCCCAAAAUCAGCCGGUAGCAACUAGUCGUCGAUUCUAAUCUCCGGCGAUCAGAAAUUUCACGGUGAGUUUUGAUGGAAGAAAAGCUGCCAAGAUCUCUCAAGAAUCUCGACCUGAAUACGAAUCGUGAACCAAAGGAUAAGAUUCUUGUUUCAGCUUAUCUAUCUUCUUUACUCACAGGAAUUUCUCCGUUGAACUCAAAACCUCCGUCUCUUGUGAGCUUAUGUCUUGGAGUUAUUGGGAAGCAUUUAGAUGAAAUGAUCCCUUGUUUAGCUGAUAUCGCUGCUAUAUUCCCAGCAGACAUCAAGAUGUCUCUUGCAGCAAUUGCUAGAAGAAGAAAGCUACUGGAUGAUGAUGUUAUUAUCUCUUUGGCUGACAGUUCCUGGGAAAUUCUAGACGUCAGCGGUUCAGAUCUUACGAAUUCUGGCUUAGCUAAAGUGGCGGAAAUGUGCAAAUCUCUCCGAGCUGUGGACAUUAGCCGGUGCAACAAAAUCACAUCUUUGGGCGUGUCAGAGCUUUUACAACACUGCCGAUCAUUGGAGACUCUUAGAUGCGGAGGAUGCCCGAGCAGUGAGUCCACUAUACGCAGAUCUUUAGGUCUCUUUAAGCCAAACUUGAGUAAUGUUGAAGGAGAAACAUGGGAAGAACUAGACACUUCAGAGAUUGGUCAUGGCGGUCAAUCAUUGCGUUGGCUUGUUUGGCCAAGAAUUGAUAAGGAUUCAUUGGAGAUGCUAUCCUCGGAGUGUCCAAGAAUAGUGGUAAAUCCCAAGCCAUCACUUGUCUCGUACAGAACAGACGAGGUUCCUCAAGAAGCACUACCAGAUGUUGCACUAGACGGACCCUUUGUCAAAGAUAUUGAUCCUAAGACGUGGGUUGUUACUGAAGUUGAGCAGAAGCCCUCAUCUUUCCCGUUAUCCAAUGAACUGCCAAUAGCAGAAAAGUUCAGACUAGCGUAUGCAGAGAGAGAUGCAAGAUUGGCCCCAAAACGUGCAAAGAAUGCAAGGCAACAUCAACGUCGUGCUGAGAGGGAUUGGAUGAUGUCAAGCGACAAAGCCAAAGCAAUGGUUUUGGCAUCAAAGGCUUCCAGAUCUUUGCACAAGAGUUAGCAAUAUGGAUUCUUUUCAUCAAUAUAUGUCAAAGAAAAUAUAGGAGGAAGAUGAAUGGGUUUUCUAAGAAUGCAUGCCUCUUCUCUACUCUAGUCACGUUGAAUCAGUACACAGCAAUUUUUGGGAGGAAAAGAGAAUAGAAAAGAAGAGUCGGUGGUUACAGAAAAGUGUUUGUAACUGUGUAAUCUUGUUUGUGUUUGUAACUCUGUAAUCUUGUUUCUAUAUCGUUCAAUUGAUGCUACAGUCAAAAAUACUUGAAAC